UCUCAAGGUAUUUUUUUAUUUCUAGAGCUGCUCUGUGUCCUAUUUCCUAUGGAGGAUACCAAAUAUCAACUAUUAUUGCAGAGACAAUCUCAGGUUGAGAUGCUUCUGCAGCUCAGACACAGGCCGAGUAUAGACAGCAAGCUCUUUCCUGCAACCCAGCAACAUCAGAGAAAGCAAACAGGAAUUCAAGAAGUUUGGCUAUGAUGCUAUAAUGAAGUACAAGAGCCUGCCCUCCAGUGAAGCUGACAACUGGUACUUCUUCCAGAACUUCAAAAUGAAGCUGUACAACACGAAAGUCACAUCUGACAUGGGCCUGAAAGCCAGCAAUGGAAAGAUGCUUCCCGCCCUGAUGGUCUUUUCCGAAAGCUUGCGCUACCUGAAGGAACAUGCCCUGAACACCAUCCAAGAGGCUUCUUUCCAAACCGUCUACAGCGAGGAGGAGGUCACCUGGGUCAUUACUGUCCCAGCCAUAUGGAGUGCUGCUGCCAGGCAGUUCAUGCGGUGGGCAGCAAAAGAGGCAGGACUUAUCUCUGACAUGAUCUCUGAGAAGCUGAUCAUUGCUUUAGAGUCAGAGGCUGCAUCACUGUGGUGCAAACAGCUUCCACAGGAAGGGUUUAUGACAGCCAGCAAUGCCAAGAAGAAGUUUGAAGACUCUCCUGGGAUCCAGUAUAUUGUUGUUGACUGUGGAGGUGGCACAAUAGACAUCACGGUACAUGAGAUCCAAGAAAACCAUUACCUGAAGGAAUUACACAAGGCAUCUGGAGGUGGAUGGGGAGGCAACAGAGUGGAUGAAAACUUCAUUGAUUUCCUUAGGGAAAUAUUCGAUGAUGGCGUAUGGGAUGAAUAUGAAAAGAAACACCCUACUGAAUUACAAUAUAUGAUGUACAACUUUGGUCUACAGAAAUGUUCUACUAGCAGAGAGGGAGUCUACAUACGUUGCUACUACAACUUGACCAAACUGGCAGAGCUCAAGAAGGACAUCUCCCACUUCUUCAAAAAAGCAAAUGGAGUUGUGUGGUGUGAUGGUGUAUUCAUGGUUACAUAUGAGAAAAUGAAGACCUUUUUUAAUUACAGUAUCAGAAAUAUCAUUUGUACUUUGAGGGUAAUUCUUGACAAGCCUGAGAUGGCCAAGGUCCAGUACAUUUUGCUUGUAGGAGGCUUUGCAUCUAGCAUCAUCUUGAGAGAUGAAAUCAGUCAGGCCUUUAGUGAGGAAUAUCAUAUCCUUUGUCCAUUGGAUGCCCAAGCGGCCAUUGCAAAAGGGGCUGUUUUAUUUGGAGUCAAUCCAUGCAUAGUUGCCUCAAGAGUCAGUGCUCAGACAUAUGGCAUAGCAGUAAAUCAGGACUUUGAUGCUGCUAUCCAUGACUGCCAUAAAAAAAGGAUCUCAAAAAAGGAUGGCUAUAUUUAUUGCACAGAUCUCUUCAAGAAAUUGGUUGGAAUUAAUGAGUCAGUGAAUAUAAACGAAGAUGCUCAGUAUUAUUUCCAUCCAACAGAAGCAGAUCAAACACAAGCAAAGUUUUCUUUCUAUUGUACAGAAAAGCAGGAUGCUCAGUAUGUAGAUGAGGAAGGGAUGGAAUGCCUUGGCUCCUGUAUAGUGCCAAUGCCAGACACAAAGCUUGGGAGGAAACGCCAGCUGAAGCUGGAUAUUAAAUUUGGGCUCACUGAAUUUAAAGCCACAUGCACUGACAUUACUUCCAAACAAAAAAAGACAAUUACAAUAAAUUUUUUAUCUGUGUAAAUUCUCAGUACAUUGAGCAGAAAGGACAAUAACUCAAAGGAGAACAAGGCUUCAGUGAGUGACAAUAACCCUACAGUAGACAAGGCAAAUGGACCAUAAAGUUCAUUGUCCAGCCUUCUGCUUGCACAGAUAAACAAUUUUCUACUCUGAUUCUCCAUGAUUCUAUGAUUCUACCGUUCCUUCCAUUAUUCACCAACCACCCUUUCAGUCUAACACCUCUCCUUCUGUUGUAUCUGACAGCAGGAUUAUCUGCUGAUUUAUCUCUUGCCCUUCUAGCUUAGCCAUAUUGCAUCGCUGAAUAGUCCAUACCAUCAAUAUAAUCAUCUGUACUCUACCUGUGUUUGAUACAAAGCUUCUGGACAGGUAUCUUAACUUCCAUAUAUACCAGACUAUUUCUUUUAGCCUGACGUCUUCUACAUCCUUUCUUCCUCUGAUAUCAGGUCUCGUUAUCCGGAGUCCAGGUUUAACUCUGCCAAGGGUGACACUGAAUGGAUUUCAGUUCUCUUCAGGACAUCACUUACAUAGAUUGUGUGUAAUUUACGUGCUCAUAUCUCAGUCAAGGGUGCUAUGUGCUGCAGUAACUCAAUGUAGUCUGGGAGCUUAUAUCCAAAACCUGUGGGAGUGCUAUUUCCAUUAAACCAUUGGGUGGUUUGAUCUUACUAACUGAGUAGAUAAAAAUGACAGAUUGUAACAUUACAGAUAUGAACAGUGCUUAUGCUGAUGCCUGAGCUCCUCUGUUGGGCUCUGUGUGCCGUCUACAUCUCUGACUUGGGCUUGGUAAUUUCCAUGUUCAUAAAAGCUCAUUUCUUUGCCUCCUGCCUACAGCACCUGUGCACAAGUUCAGCAUAGCGUGAACUGUGUGAGCCCAAAUUUAUCCAAGAAAACAAUGUGAUCAUGCAUUGCACUGGCUCUGGCUGGGGCGGAGUUAGCUUUCAUCACAGCCACCCUUACGUUGCUGUGUGAUUUGUGACAAAAACAGUGUUGAUAGUACACCAAUGUUUUAGCAAUAGCUUAACAGUGCUUGCACAGUGGCCAGGCCGUUUCUUGCUCUACUCCUGCAGCAAGGAGGCUGGCGGGGUGGGAGCAAGGGGCUGGGAGAGGAACACAGCCAGCACAGCUGACCCCAGCUGACCCAGGCCAUGUUCCGUACCCUGUAACUCCAUGCUCAGCAAUAAAACCAGGGGGAGUUUCUCCAAAGUAGCUAUUGCGUGAAGACCAGCUGGGCAUCGGUCUGGUCGUGGGAUGUGGUGACUACUGUUGCCUUACUUGGGGUUUUGUUGGUUUUUGCCCCCUUCACUAAAGGUGUAGCUCAGCACCAGCCUGUCCCAAUGCAAAUACUUGGUUAGCUGGGUACACUGCAUGAAAACUCAGUGCUGUCUUCUUUAUUAGCUGUAAUGACUGUGUUAGAAUCACUGCUAGCCAUGUUAUUUAAUGCUGUCAAUCAUUAAAGCAGCAUUCAGAGAAUUAAUCCGUAUGUAUACUAUGUCCCAUGACGUAGAAAAGCUGGACUGUUUUGAAUACAUCACCUCUGUUUUCACAUUUAAAAUCAUAUGUGCAAAAUAAAAGUAUU